GGUCAGCCACGUGGCGGCGGGGCGGGGACUGGGCGGGCCCAGCGCUAGGAGCAGGCGUCCCGGAAACCGAGGGGUCUCCCCACCCAGACUACCAGGACCCCCAUUUCCGGAGAAUGGCCCAGAUGUCUCAAGUGCAGGAACUCUUCCAUGAGGCAGCCCAGCAGGAGGCCCUGGCCCAGCCCCAGCCCUGGUGGAAGAUCCAGCUGUUCAUAUGGGAACCAGUGCUGUUCGGGACCUGGGAUGGCAGGAGUUCUGUACAUCUCUGCGGGAAGAAAAAAAUCCGUGCCAUGUAUAUCGCUGGCUUCGCUGAAUCCAUCUCAGAUCCGCUGAGCCUCGGGAGUCCCUGGGCCGUGCGAGGAAUUUCAGUUGCGGUGCUUCUGUCCUUGCUGGGGACUAACCCAGCAGGUGUCAACUGGGUAAUCCGCCUCCGGCUGCCGCCGUCGCUCCUGCUGGCCGCGUCCACGCUGGACUUUGUGGUGGGCCGUUUCACACACCUGGACCCAGGUAAGCCUUUUGGAGUUCAGUAGACGGCCUUAUGUGGGUCUGCGCUGCUUCCUAGAUGUUUGUAGGUCUGGGUUUGCAAGACGACCCCCAAUAGCCUUUACCUGCAGUGAGUGUGUGCUGUUCCCGAGCAGCUGAGGGGUGUGUCAUGGUGCAGUUUUAGAGGCCAGAAAGCCCCUCCUCACAUAGACA